UUGUUACUUGGGCAGCACGUGAUGUUCCGAUUUAGUUGAGUUGAGUUUAUUUAUUGAAAUUUUAACAACAUGGGGAAAAAGGCUAAAGUAGGAAAACAGAGGAAGGAUAAGUUCUACCAACUCGCCAAAGAGACAGGAUAUCGAUCUCGUGCGGCUUUCAAGUUAAUUCAGUUAAAUAGAAAAUUUGAGUUUUUACAAAAAUCUCAGGUAUGUCUGGAUUUAUGUGCAGCUCCUGGAGGUUGGAUGCAAGUAGCAAAGCAAAACAUGCCAGUUUCAAGCAUUGUGAUUGGGGUUGAUUUAUUUCCUGUUAAACCCAUUCCUGGGUGUAUAUCCUUGACAGAAGAUAUUACUACCGACAAAUGUAGACAGGCGAUAUCAAAGGAACUUCAAACUUGGAAAGCAGAUGUAGUUUUAAACGAUGGUGCUCCAAAUGUUGGUCAAAAUUGGCUUUAUGAUGCUUAUCAACAAGCAUGUCUGACUUUAAGUGCCUUAAAGCUUGCUACCAAUUUCCUCAGGGAAGGUGGGUGGUUUGUUACCAAGGUAUUUCGUUCUAAAGAUUACAAUCCUCUUCUUUGGGUAUUUAAGCAGCUUUUCAAAAAGGUUCAUGCAACAAAACCACAAGCCUCACGUAGUGAAUCAGCUGAAAUAUUUGUUGUAUGUCAAUAUUAUCUUGCACCUGCCAAAUUGGAUCCCAAGUUCUUGGAUGCUAGAUAUGUCUUCAAGGAGCUUGAUUUGGAACCUACUCUUCCUGCCAAUUUCCUCCGUCCAGAUAAACAGAAGAAAACAAAAGCAGAAGGGUAUUCCGAGUUGCGUGGUGUCUAUAAUCCACUGUCUGUUGUUGAGUUUAUAAAGAGUAGCAAUCCUGUUGAAGUUCUUCAAGUUGCUUCUUGUUUAACACUAGACCAUGAAGAUGUUUUGAAAGAUGAAGAGACAACUUUGGAAAUAAAAGAAUGUUGUAAAGAUAUAAAAGUUCUGGGUCGUAAAGAUUUAAAGAUGCUUAUGAACUGGGGAAAAGAGAUGGCCAAAAAAUAUUUUUCAGAUGAUAAGUCUAAAGUUAAAAAGGAAGAAGAAUCAAAUGAUAAAGUGGAAGUAGAUGAAGUUAAGUUAUCAGAUGAUGAGAAAGAACUGCUUGAUAUGGAUGAAAAAAUUAAUGUUCUAGAGUCUGAAGAAGCACGUGAACUGAAGAAAAAAAGAAAAAGAGCUAAUCGAGAAAGGGCUAAACUCCAAGAAAAGUUGAAUUUAAAGAUGAUUCACAAAGAUGACCAUGGUCCAAUUGAAGAAGAUGAUCAAGAACCAUUAUUUAAUCUGAAACAGAUUUCUUCAAAACAUGUAUUAGAAAAAGUUGAUGACCAGAAACCAGACAUUUUAGCCAAUAGUGAUGAAGAGAUAGAAGAUGAGAAUUUUGGAACCUAUCGCUCAUCAUAUGUUCCUUUUGAAAAGGACAAGAAGAUUUUGGAUAAGUCGGGAAUGUUCUACAAGGAUUCAUCAGAUGAAUCUGAAUCUGAAAAAUCUGGAGAUGAUAGUGAUUAUGAUAGUGAUAAAGAAAAUCUUGAUUUUUCUUCAUCAGAAGAUGAGGAUGAGGCAAGGCCAAUUAAGAAAUUAAAAACUGAAAAGAAAAAAGUUAGAUUUUCAUCUGAUAUAAAGUCAGAAGAAGAUGAUGAUGAUGAAGAUGAUGAUCUGAAAGAAAAUCAUCCAUUUCUAACUGAUUUGGAUCCCAGGGAUAAGGAGACUAAGCGUGUUCACAAGGCACAGUUGUGGUUUGAGAAGGAUGUUUUCAAAGAUCUGGAGAAGGACGAAGAUGAAGAAUUUGAGUUGGAAGAAAUGGCAAAGAAUGUUGUAAAGAAAGGGGCGAGUUUGAUCAGUAAAGCGAAGACAGAACAAGCUAUUGCCAAGAUCAAACCUGACAAAUCUCAGACGAAAGUGAAGGCUGAAACUGAUAGUGAUGAAGGGUUGAGUGACGGUCCCGAUGACAGUUCUUCAGAUGAUUCUGGUUCUGAUUUUGAAAUUGAGCAACCACCCUCAAAAGUGAAGAAAGUUCCUGGGAAGGAUGGAGGCUAUGAAAUUGUACCUAAAGAUAGUAAGCUGAAGAAAGUAAAACUUAGCGAACAACAGUUAGCAUUGGGUGCCAUGAUGGUUUCGUCGCAGGUCACCAAGCGAGAUCUAAUUGAUGGUGCUUGGAAUAGAUACGCAUUCAAUGAUGAGAACUUGCCUGAUUGGUUUGUGGAAGAUGAGAAGAAGCACAUGAUGAAGGAAGCACCUGUUCCCAAGGAGCUUGUUGAUGAAUACAAAAAGAAAUUUGAUGAAUUUAAUUCAAGACCUAUAAAGAAAGUAAUUGAAGCACGUGCUAGAAAGAAGAAAAGAGCACAGAAGAAGUUAGAGAAAGCCAGAAAGAAACUAGAAGGUCUCAUGGAGAAUCCAGAUGUCUCAGAAAAAGAAAAGGCUAGACAAAUUAAGCGACUGUAUAAAAAAGCUAAAGAACCUAAGAAAGAAAUAACGUAUGUGGUGGCAAAGAAGCACACUGCCAUGAAGAGAAUGAGAAGACCAGCUGGAGUCAAAGGAAAGUACAGAGUAGUUGAUCCGAGACAAAAGAAAGAUAAACGUGCGGUGAAGAGUAGGGAAGCAAAACAAACUAAAAGGAAAAAGGCCAGACGUUGACCUUAUGAAAUUAUGGAUACUGUUAAAACUGUAAUUUUUUUAUUAUAUUGAUCCUUUUAAAGUUGGUGGGGUGACUCAAUUUAUUUUAAGUUUUGACUAUUCUCAAAAUAUCAUGGUUAAAUGGUUAUUUAUGGUUAAAAGGCUUGAUUAGAACAAUAUCUUUUUAAACCAAUUUUGUUUUAUAUUUUCUAAAAACUACAGAAUACUUUAGUAUAUCAGAAAUGUUUAUUUCAAUUGUCAGUUUAUUUCAAGUCAGAAAUGUGUUUGUUAAACUCAACAAUGUAUUGUAAUUAUAGUUAGUUACCACUAACAAAAGGAUGAAUAUCCAAUGAAAAAUUUUGUACAUAAUUUUUUGUAAAUUACAGUUUAUUAAUACAAGUGUUUC